AGCAUCGGGAUAAAAUAAUAGGCCAAAGAUAAGAAUGACGUUUGAGAAAUCAUUCAAGCAGAUGUUCCGUAGUAUUUGCACUCAUUAGCCUGUUCUUCAUGGAGUCCCGCUUAGAUUCUAAAGAUAUUGUGAAUGAAAACGAAGAUGAGUUUGAGAAAUCAUUCGAGCAGAUGAUAUCGACUCUCCCCAAAAGGAAGUGUUGGGGCAAUCGUGAAGAUUUUUAUCAAUAUCAAGGCUUUUGGCUUUACCCCACUUUCCUCAAAGGAGUUGUAUCAGCUCAACAACGAUUCCAGGCUCAACCCACCGAUACCAUCAUCUGUAGUAUCCCUAAAACAGGCACAACCUGGUUAAAAUCCCUCAUUUUCUCCAUCUACACAAGAACUUCAUUUUAUGAUUCCACUACCCCUUUGCUUUCCAAGUUGCCCCAUGAGGUUGUGCCUUUCAUGGACCUUUAUCAUGCAGAUUUUCCAAGCUAUCGUGAUAUGGGAGUUCCUGUGUUGGCCACACACGUUCCUUAUUCUUCCUUACCAAGAUCGAUAAUCGAUUCCGGUUGUAAACUUGUUUACAUUUGCAGGAACCCCAAGGAUUCGUUUGUUUCACUGUACCACUUCAAUGCCGCGAUACGAAGAUCCCAAAAUCUUCAACCCCCUGAUCUCGAUGAGGCGUUCGAGUUGUUUUGUGAAGGUGUGAGUAUGUAUGGACCUUAUUGGGACCAUGUUUUGGGGUACUGGAAGGCAAGCUUGGAACAUCCCAAUAAGAUUCUGUUCUUGAAAUAUGAAGAGAUGAUAGAGGAUUCUGUUUUGUAUGUUAAGAAAUUGGCUGAGUUCAUCAGUUGCCCUUUCUCGUCAGAAGAACAUCAAAAAGAGGUGCCUGAAAAGAUUGUAAAGAUGUGUAGUUUUGAGAAUUUAAGCAACCUGGAAGUGAAUAAAAGUGAGAAAGUUCGUAUGGGUGUGGUUCAACACAAGAUGUAUUUUCGGAAAGGGAAGGUUGGGGAUUGGAAGAAUUGUUUGACAUCUGAAAUGGCCGAACGAUUGGACCGAAUAACACACCAGAAACUAAGCGGUUCUGGUUUAAGUCUUUGAGUGUUGUAGAUUUGCUUCAUGAUAUCCGUUUCCGAAGCUAAUAGUGUAUGGUGCAGAGUUUGAUCUCAGUUUUACUUCCCUUUGAAUAAAGAUUGUGUUUAAACCUGA